UAUUUAUUAUUUAUUUAUAACGUUUUUAUAUUUUAAAAACGCUCCUAUUUUUGACAUAAACGACAGUUAACACACCCACUGACGUAUAAUGUCAAAUCCACCAAUGGUGGUGUUUGCAGCAGGCAGUGUUUGUGUUUCAUGUUUUACGAUUUUAUAGUAUGUGGUUGAACGAGAAAGAAUAAAAUUGAAAUAAUUAAAACGUCCAUCUAAUUUUAAUCCCAGUUCGUAUGUAGUUGAACCUAAUUUUAUCUAAAUGGCAUUGUGAAAGAACUAAAUAUAAUUGUGUUAAAUCGUUAUAAUGUUUCGUCUUUGUUUCGGAAUAUUUCGACCAACAUCAGUUUCGUUUUGGGCUGGAAUUACCAUAUUUCAAUUAUCAGGAAUUUGGAUAAAAUUAUCUUGAACUUUAUUUCAGAUAAUGAAUUUGUUUUUUAUCGUCCAUCCCUCUGUGGUUGAAAAAUGAGUUCGAGGCCGAGCUCCGGUUCGAAAUUAACGUCGGGGCAUAGAAGAUCGGAGUCGAGUACUCAUCACAGACAUAGUUCAGGUAGUUUCGCUCAAAAUAAAUCCGAUUCUGGUCAAAGCAUUAAUUCCGAAUACAAUGUUAAUCAAAAAUACGGACAUCACAGGUCGAAAUCUAAUGUGGCCGAAAGAGAGAUGGAAAAAGAAUCGACGGUUACGCCGAAAUCUUCUCUUAGACUCGAUUUUCGUUCUGAGGGUCGUAAUACCAGACCUACGUCUCUUUAUCCGCUCAGAUCUAACGAUAGCGGCAUUAUAGGUCACGAUCCUGUCCAACCGGAACGAGAACCCCUAAGGUUCGACGUAACUUUAGUUGGAGCGCCCCCGGAAGUGGAGCAGCUAGUUAACAAUAUAAAACAGGUCGCAGAGCAGUUUUUGUAUCACUGGAAGACAUUUCCCAUAAUUCUUCCUAGCCCUGUAUCUCAUUGCGAUUUGUUUACGACAUCUCAGGUGUCUUCGGACGGGUCUCUAGGUAAACUCAAAUCGAAAUAUCAUUUGAGAGAUCUGUUUAUAGCGCCAUCUUUUGAUGAACUCGACGCCGUUGCUGUUGAUGGUAAGGGGGAACCGAGGAGAUUGACUGGGAAGCAGCUCGAGUAUAUCAGGGAAAGGGGCUUGCACAAGGACAAAUUUGGAAAACCAAAAAGAUUGAAGCAGGAACAACUAGAAAGUAUUAGAUUAAAUGGUGUUUUCGAAGUGGAAUCGUUGAAUUUUCCCGGACAAAAACACAAAUGGAAACUAUCUCAAUUUUUACAGAAGGGAUUGUUGAAUAGUAACGAUUCACUAUUGAACGAUUUAGCUUUAGCUGUUAGGUUCAUCGUUGUAACUGCCAAAGGAAGGCUAGUGUCUCAUUUCUUUAGUGUUUCUCGAGCAGCUAGUGCCUUGUUGGCGGGAUUCCUUCGAAUUCUGGAUGUUCUUAUAGGGAUACCCAGUCUUCAAGCUCACAAUUUAGAUGCUAAACUUAGAGAAGAGAGAAAUAAAUAUCUUGUUGCCGAAUUAGUGUGUAGGCCUGAAAACGAAGAUUCCCUCGAAGUGUUGUGUUCAUUUAUCCGUAAACAGCUGCGAAGGGCCGCGACGGAAAAAUUCGAAGUUACAAGAGAAUGUUCCCAACCGCCCGUUUCGGUCCCCUACAAAUUCCUAACGCCCUCAGGUUCCGAAUUAGAUUUGAGACUAUGGGACAGAUCCCUAAUGAGAAAACUACUCCCGAUAUUAGUUUCCAUAUUAGAAAGAGAAACUAGAGGGUGGUUUCUACAUUUUAGAGAAAGACUGAUAGCAGAAUUGAGGACUCAAAAAAUGCCAGACGAGGAUAUCGAAAAGGAGGUAAACGAGGCCGUGAUGAAGGAAUAUCUUCAAAGGGUGUACAACAGCAUCCUGUCUCACCCCGAUAUCAUGGCUCUUGGAGAAGAUUUUGGUCAAUUGUUGGUGCAACAAGCUCAGAGUGUGGUUCUGAUGCAUCGAGCCGUCGAGAACGUCCAACAUCGUUUGUACAAAUCCCAAGAGGAAGUGAAAGUUCGAUUGUGUAACACCCAUCCGGUUUUGUCGAGGAUCGGGCCGUGGUUGAGGGCUAAACUCGGUGCGGCAGAGAGUAAAUUUAGUUUGGAGAAUCAGUGGAGCGCCCACGAAGAGGCUCUGAUGCUUUGUAAUUCCCAAAGGCUCGUCCAGACCGUCUAUUUUCUAAAUAGAGAUUUGACUUUUAUGAAAGAACGCGAACCGGCUUUGCUCAGAGAACUGCGCAAAGACAAAAUACCGACGAGGAACUUUUUGUGGCCGACCCAAAUAUGGUUACCGAAAAAUUGGGUGGUCCGACGAAAUUUCCAAGGGCAAUCCGAAAUCGUACCAACGGUCCUGAGCAAACAAGCCACCAGCAUCACCACCCCGAGAUCGGAUCCGAGUCAACCGGUGUUUUUGGUCGAAAAAGAAACGAUCCGGACGACGACGACGCGCUGGCCCCUUUGGAGGAUCUUCAAUUAUUUCCACCGCACUUGGUGUUGGACAUGGAAUGCGAUGUUCUUUUUCGGCGUCGUCCUACCUUGGUGCAGCCCAGUCGGUUUGAGGGCGUUGUUCUGUUUGGAACCGUUCAUGGCUGAUCUGGAAUUGUCCCAAAUCAAUGGGACACUUUUUCCUAGAAAGAGCAGCUUGACGCCGACCCUAAUGUCGCGAUUGUUGAAUCUGUGGAGGCACAUUUCCAAAUCGAGGACCCAUUUUGAAACCAAACCCGAUACCGGUUUUAUUGGGAAAGGACUCACUAGGCAUUUGAAUAGGAUUUGGAAUUAUUUUAUCAAAGGAUUGUUUGGAACGUUGUUGAUCGUUUUGGUGUUUCCCGUUGUUUGUUUUUUGGUGACUUUUGCGAGUUUUUUUGUUGCCGUGACUUCGGUCGUUUGGAUGCCGUGCCUGACGUUGGUGGUACAAAUUACUAAUUGUCUAAUUUACGAUCUGGACAGUCCGGAAUUGAAGAGGAACAGAUUUUUCGUUAUAUUCGAGGCUGUCUUAUGGAACAUAUUUAUACAGGGUUGCGUCCAACCCUUAAUCGCCUUGGUUGUAGCGGCGUUCAUCUGUCCGAUGAUUUCGCUCGUUAUUUUAGCCGGUGGUUUCGUACGUUAUUGGUUACGUCUCCUGUGGGACGCAAUAAUUUUCCAUAUGUUGAUAAAAAAACGAGGCCGUAUACCGGCCAGCGACAGUUUCGCUGUGAAAAGAAUAGCGGGACCCGGUCUAGCUUCCGAUUACUAUUUCCAAAUCAGUCCGGAACAAGCAUUGGCGGCGUUCGAAGCCAAAAUGGAAUGGGACGAAUUAGCGGCUUAUCAAGCUCUCGUCGAAAAUACUAUUCUGCAACCCCAGAAAGAUUUUAGUCAUUUUGUCGAAGCUUGUUUCGGUAGUUUUUCUACUCAAUUAGCCAAAAACGGACCUUAUCGAAGUUUGGAGAAGGAGGCGCAAGAUUUGAUGGGCAUAUUGCACGAAAAAUUGGAAAAGAGAAGAAGAGAUUUGCAGACUGGACUCAAUGUUUCCGUUAAGAGUAAAGUUAAAUUGAGUACGCCAGAUCUAAAGGUCGCAAUCCAACAGGGAGCCCUCAUGUUAGAGAGGUUCUAUCCCAAACAGAUAAUACCGAAGUUGGGAUGUACGGAAGACCAAUUUUGGGACAGUAGGGCUCUGAGCCCCGGCGAUUGGGCGGGUUUAGCCGGUCUCUUAUAUUCCGAAUUAUUCAGUUUGGAUUUUUUGACUCCUCUAGAUCAUUCCGAUACCAGUUUCAGACUCGAUUCGCAUUCGCAAGUCGAUUUGAGUCGUUACACAGAAAUGGUUCAAUGCGCCCAAUUGGGUGCCGGAGGUCCGGAUCUGUUAGGGAACGUUUACACCCCUAGGGGAAACAUCCAAGUGCAUUCUCCCUACCUCGACGUGUCCGCAUUUAAUCCUAGAUGUAAAUCGACUGCCACCGAAAGAAAAACUGAAAAAACAGAUGAUUCUUCCGCCGUAUUGGGUUCGUUGAGAACGAACCGAAGGGCGACACUCUGGAUGCCCUGGAAGAAACGCAGCCGUCCUUAUUCCCCGGAUAAAAUGAUGAUACCUUUACCGAUACCUCAUCCGGCUCACAUAGCAGUUACCAUCUACAACAGGGAUUCCGAUGAUCCCAUACCAUUAGAAUCUGACAUAUGUCAAAGUAUCCUUAGAGGUAUAGAAGAAAGUCACGUGUCACCGGAUGACAGCGGUAUAGGUAGAUUGAAAGGAGGAAUCGAUUCAUUUGGCGGUACGACUAGUUCGAGUUCGAAUACGCUCGAUAGUCAACCGAUCGAAGAACCGAACGAAUCUUCUGACGGGGGGGUUUAUCGAUGGACGUUGAGCAAUUGGAGCGGCGGCGGUAGGAAGCGGCUGAAUUCCGGUAGCGUCCGCGUCGAUUUGGCCAGUCCGGAAGACGUAACUUUAGACAGCGAUAGUACCAGGGUGGUUUUUUGUACAUACGGUACAACCGUUUAAAUAUCAGCAUAAUUUUUUUAAUUUUUUUCGAAUAAGCUUUAAAUAUGAAAUUAACCUUAA